CAGUUUCUUGUACAUAACAAUGUACCUCUCGAUCUCUUUAUAGGAAGCAGACCUACAGACAGAGACCCACCGAGAAAAAGAGGUGGGCGGAAUGGAGAGAAUCGCUCUUCCAUCUCUCAUCGUCCUAGUCUUCUUAUUGUGCUUCUCAGGACAAAAUGUACACUCAACUUUCUCUCCAUUGGCAUCUGACAAUGAAAAAUACAAGAAUUUAGUCGUUGAGAUGUUUUUCCACGUGUACGAUAAUUACAUGAAAUAUGCAUACCCAGCUGAUGAACUGAUGCCUUUGAGUUGUAAAGGGAGAGUGAGAGGGAGAGAGCCUAGUCGAGGAGACGUGGAUGAUUCUUUGGGAAGGUUUUCUCUAACUCUAAUUGAUAGUCUUGAUACUUUAGCUGUGAUUGGUGCUAUUGAUGAAUUCAGUGAUGGUCUGAAGAGAGUCCUAAAAGACGUUAGGUUCGACGCUAAUUUGACAGUAUCAGUUUUCGAGACUAACAUUCGGGUUUUAGGUGGUCUAUUAGGAGCUCAUUUUGCUGCUGAUGCUCUAAAGUCUAAAGGCCAUCCUCUCCUCCAGUGGUACGAUGGAGAACUAGUGGGUAUGGCCAAAACUGUCGGUGAUAAGCUACUGCCAGCAUUCAAUACAUCAACAGGGAUACCAUAUUCCAGAAUUAAUCUCAGAUAUGGUAUGAAUGACACUGAAGCUGGUAACACUACCUGCACCGCCUGUGGGGGUACCAUACUGAUGGAGUUUGCCGCCCUCAGUCAGUUAACAGGAGACCCAGUCUACGAGAGAAAGGCCCACCAGGCGAUGGAGGCUAUAUGGAACUUGCGUCAUUCGGCAAAUCAUUUGGUUGGCACUGUAGUGAAUGUACACAAUGGACAGUGGACUAAUAAAGACAGUGGUGUAGGAGCUGGUAUUGAUUCAUAUUAUGAGUAUUGUCUAAAGUCAUACAUACUACUGGGAAAGAAAGACUACCUCACUAGAUUUACUAAACAUUAUUCUGCUAUCAAACGUUAUGUGUCAAACGGUCCAUUUCUAUUGGGAGUCAACAUGAACUCACCAGCUAAACCAAGCAAGCACUUCAUGGACUCACUCCUCGCCUUCUGGCCUGGACUACAGGUAUUAUGGGGUGAUAUUAAAUCUGCUGUAUCAAUUCACAACCUUUUAUAUGACAUUGUCCUCCAUUAUAAAUUCCUUCCAGAAGCAUUCUCUCCAACUGACAUUAACUACAAGGUAGUUUGGCCCCAGCAUCCUCUGAGGCCGGAGUUCAUCGAGAGCACAUACUUUUUAUACAAAGCUACUAAUGAUCCUUUUUAUUUAGAAGUUGGUAAGAUUGUUGUUGAUAAUUUAAAUAAAUACGCACGCGUGGCCUGCGGCUUUGCAUCAAUCAAAGAUGUGAAGCGCAAUUCCAAAGAAGACAGGCUGGAUUCGUUCUUUCUCGCCGAAACCCUCAAAUAUUUAUACUUGUUAUUUUCCGAAGAUUCCGAUAUCCCGUUCAACAUUGACGAUUUUAUAUUCACAACAGAAGCGCAUCUCAUACCUCUAAACUUCUCUUCCUCCUCUCUGACGAAACCUCUCUCCUCCCCUCCUCUUUCUUUCCCUUUAAAGACUGAGGAUAGUGCUCCCCUUUUCUGUCCUAAUGUCCGGAUCCCGUGGGCGGAGUCUAAUUAUUAUUAUCGCCUCAUUAUGAAGCAGUGUCCAGGAUCACGUCAUCUCUAUCCACUUAGCAUGGUACUUUUCCCAAGGUAACUCAUUAUU